GACCUACGUGGGAUUGAAAGAAGAGAAACAAGCAAUUCCAGAGCCUGGGGGGGAGAGUGAGGAAAAGAGAAAGUGAUUACAAUUUAUCACUUUAACUUAAUAUUUAACCUAAUGAAAACAAAAUCUUAUCUAGAAUUUGGAAGUCAAUAUUUUGAUUGCUGGUUCAGUACCCUUUUAUCUGUUUUGACAGUCUGAGAAUAAUCCAGUGGGUGUGGCUUAAAGACAUAGAUCACGUGUGGAAUUGGAAUUGGAUGUUACGCAAGCAAACAAAAUAAAUAUCUGUGCAAUAUAUCUGCUUUAUGCACUCAAGCAGAGAAGAAAUCCACAAAGACUCACAGUCUCCUGGUCUGCAGAGAAGACAGAAACAACAUGAGCACAGCAGGAAAAGUAAUCAAAUGCAAAGCAGCUGUGCUGUGGGAGGUAAAGAAACCCUUUUCCAUUGAGGAUGUGGAGGUUGCACCUCCUAAGGCUUAUGAAGUUCGCAUUAAGAUGGUGGCUGUAGGAAUCUGUCGCACAGAUGACCACGUGGUUAGUGGCAACCUGGUGACCCCCCUUCCUGCGAUUUUAGGCCAUGAGGCAGCGGGCAUCGUGGAGAGUGUUGGAGAAGGGGUGACUACAGUCAAACCAGGUGAUAAAGUCAUCCCGCUCUUUACUCCUCAGUGUGGAAAAUGCAGAGUUUGUAAAAACCCAGGGAGCAACUACUGCUUGAAAAAUGAUCUAGGCAAUCCUCGGGGGACCCUGCAGGAUGGCACCAGGAGGUUCACCUGCAGGGGGAAGCCCAUUCACCACUUCCUUGGCACCAGCACCUUCUCCCAGUACACGGUGGUGGAUGAGAAUGCAGUGGCCAAAAUUGAUGCAGCCUCGCCCCUGGAGAAGGUCUGCCUUAUUGGCUGUGGAUUCUCGACUGGUUAUGGGUCUGCAGUUAACGUUGCCAAGGUCACCCCAGGCUCUAUCUGUGCUGUGUUUGGCCUGGGAGGGGUCGGCCUAUCUGCUGUUAUGGGCUGUAAAGCAGCUGGAGCAGCCAGGAUCAUUGCGGUGGACAUCAACAAGGACAAAUUUGCAAAGGCUAAAGAGUUGGGUGCCACUGAAUGCAUCAAUCCUCAAGACUACAAGAAACCCAUCCAAGAAGUGCUAAAGGAAAUGACUGAUGGAGGUGUGGAUUUUUCGUUUGAAGUCAUCGGUCGGCUUGACACCAUGAUGGCUUCCCUGUUAUGUUGUCAUGAGGCAUGUGGCACAAGCGUCAUCGUAGGGGUACCUCCUGCUUCCCAGAACCUCUCAAUAAACCCUAUGCUGCUACUGACUGGACGCACCUGGAAGGGGGCUGUUUAUGGUGGCUUUAAGAGUAAAGAAGGUAUCCCAAAACUUGUGGCUGAUUUUAUGGCUAAGAAGUUUUCACUGGAUGCGUUAAUAACCCAUGUUUUACCUUUUGAAAAAAUAAAUGAAGGAUUUGACCUGCUUCACUCUGGGAAAAGUAUCCGUACCGUCCUGACGUUUUGAGGCAAUAGAGAUGCCUUCCCUUGUAGCAGUCUUCAGCCUCCUCUACCCUACAUGAUCUGGAGCAACAGCUGGGAAAUAUCAUUAAUUCUGCUCUUCAGAGAUGUUAUCAAUAAAUUACACAUUGAGGCUUUCCAAAGAAAUGGAAAUUGAUGGGAAAUUAUUUUUCAGGAAAAUUUAAAAUUCAAGUGAGAAGUAAACAAAGUGUUGAACAUCAGCUGGAGAAUUGAAGCCAACAAACGUUCCUUCUCAACCAUUCUACUGUGUCACCUUUGCCAUUGAGGAAAAAUAUUCCUGUGACUUCUUGCAUUUUUGGUAUCUUCAUAAUCUUUAGUCAUUGAAUCCCAGUGGAGGGGACCCUUUUACUUGCCCUGAACAUACACAUGCUGGGCCAUUGUGCUUGAAGUCUUCUAACUCUGUCUCAGUUUUCACUGUCGACAUUUUCCUUUUUCUAAUAAAAUGUACCAAAUCCCUAGGGUAAAAGCUAGGGUAAGGUAAAGGAUAGACUCACAUUUACAAGUAGUGAAGGUCCAAGAGUUCCAAAUACAAGAAAUUUCCUAGGAACUCAAAUAAAAUGUCCCACAUUUUACUACAGUAAAGGGCAGUGUUUUUAUGACUUUUAUACUAUUUCUUUAUGGUCGAUAUACAAUUGAUUUUUUAAAAUAAUAGCAGAUUUCUUGCUUCAUAUGACAAAGCCUCAAUUACUAAUUGUAAAAACUGAACUAUUCCCAGAAUCAUGUUCAAAAAAUCUGUAAUUUUUGCUGAUGAAAGUGCUUCAUUGACUAAACAGUAUUAGUUUGUGGCUAUAAAUGAUUAUUUAGAUGAUGACUGAAAAUGUGUAUAAAGUAAUUAAAAGUAAUAUGGUGGCUUUAAGUGUAGAGAUGGGGUGGCAAAUGCUGUGAAUGCAGAAUGUAAAAUUGGUAACUAAGAAAUGGCACAAACACCUUAAGCAAUAUAUUUUCCUAGUAGAUAUAUAUACACAUACAUAUAUACACAUAUACAAAUGUAUAUUUUUGCAAAAUUGUUUUCAAUCUAGAACUUUUCUAUUAACUACCAUGUCUUAAAAUCAAGUCCACAAUCCUAGUAUUAGUUUAAUAUUUUGAAUAUGUAAAGAUCUGUGUUAAUGCUUUGUUAAUGCUUUUCCCACUCUCAUUUGUUAAUGCUUUCCCACUCUCAGGGGAAGGAUUUGCAUUUUGAGCUUUAUCUCUAAAUGUGACAUGCAAAGGUUAUUCCUGGUAAAGGAGGUAGCUGUCUCCAAAAAUGCUAUUGUUGCAAUAUCUACAUUCUAUUUCAUAUUAUGAAAGACCUUAGACAUAAAGUAAAAUAGUUUAUCAUUUA